AACAAUGGCAGAUUAAACACACCAACACCAUUACUUUCUCUCUCUAGAAAACUUCCAUAGCUGAUAGCUCUGUUCUCUUAAUAAAAAUACUUUCUUGUGCACACCCUCCAAACCCUAACCCUAAUUUUAGCUGAUGAAGACUUUUUUCCGUUGAUUUUAAGAAAAUCGGCUGGUGGCACAAAGAGGGAGGGAGGCGAUGGAGACUCACAUCAGCCACAGCCUGUUCGAUAGACGCCCCUUAACCAAGUCUAGGACCCCUCCUGUUAAAUGGUUCAAAGAAUGGGUGCCUCAAGACCUUAUCACAACUGGUGGGAAGUGUAUGGUAUUGAAGUGGGUUAAUGAGGCCACGAUGAAGGCCAUGAAAGAGAAGUCAAAAGAACCAGAAGUGGUAGAGCCUGAGCCUGAACCAACAACAGAAGUUCUUUUCCUUUGCAGUUACGAAGGCUGUGGAAAGACAUUUAUCGAUGCUGGAGCCUUGAGGAAGCAUUCUCAUAUUCAUGGGGAGAGACAAUAUGUAUGCCAUUAUGAGAAUUGCGGAAAGAAAUUUUUGGAUAGUUCAAAGCUAAAGAGGCAUUUCUUAAUCCAUACUGGAGAGAGAGACUUUGUGUGCCCACAUGAAGGCUGUGGUAAGGCGUUCUCUCUAGAUUUUAACCUCAGGUCGCACAUGAAAACACAUUCACAGGAGAAUUAUCAUAUUUGCCCAUAUCCUGAGUGCGGAAAACGAUACGCACAUGAAUACAAGCUGAAGAAUCACAUUGCAUCUCAUCAUGAGAAGAAUGUUGUAGAUGCGCCCAAAUAUGCUAUGCCAACAGAAAAGCCAGUGAAAGCUCCAAAGGCGUCGACAGGAGCUUCCGGCCCUGCAUCAUCGGAUCGACCCUAUGCCUGCCCGUAUGAAGGGUGUGAGAAGGCCUACAUCCAUGAAUACAAGCUGAAUCUUCAUCUAAGAAGAGAGCACCCUGGCCAUUUUCCGGAUGAGAAUGCCAAGAACAACCAACCAAACACCGAAAACGAGGUGGAUGAAGGCAGCGAUCAAGAAGUGUAUGCUGGAAAACGUGGCAACGGUAAAGUUCAAAAACAGAACAGGGCUAAGCCAAAUCUGAGGCUGCCCCCAUCAAAAGUUGCUCAGCGCAAAAGCUCCGCUGCAUCUGUUGCCAACUUGAAUGUGGUGAAAAAGCCUUGGCCACUUAAAGAGGAGGUGUAUGAAGAAGAGGAUAGUGAAGAAACAGAAGAGGAAAGAGACAAUGUUGGGGAUGGAUGGAGGUAUGGAGAAAACAAUGAGGACGAUGAUGAAGAGACAGAAGACGAGGACUGAGUAUAGCUUGUUGGUAUUUGUACGCCGUUGUCUUUGGAUGAACAGGUUUAUUUUUGGUUUUCUGUUCUAAUGGGGCAUGUCUAAUGAGAAGGUUAAAUGUUAAAAUGACAUCUGUUUCCCCAACCGAGACGAAUAAGGGCUCCUUUACAUUGACAGAUGGGAUAAAAGAGUGAUGUAGAAAUAUGAUUUUUUUUUAUCCUAGUAAUGUCAUACUUUAGCUGACAUGAGGAAUGUAGGAAUCUCAAUUAGGGCGUCUUUAUUUAUUAUGUUUAUUUUUAUAGAUUGAAGUAGUGUUACCAUGUCUCAGAUACUGCAUUCCUUUUUCUUUCUUUUCCUGUUCA